AUGGCCACCCUCACAGCCACUGCCGCCGUCGCCUCCUCCUCCGUCGCCAUCCGCCCGUUCCGCUCCCACAAGCCCUCCCGCGCGCCCGCCGGGAUCAGGUGCUCCGUCGCCGAGGGCCCCGCGAUCUCCCAGCCGAGGGCCGCCGGCGGGGGACUGACGCUCACCACGAAGCACCGCGACAGAGCCCCCGACGUGGUCGUCACCGAGGCCAGGGACCGCGUCGGCGGCAACAUCACCACCGUCGAGAGGGACGGCUACCUGUGGGAGGAGGGCCUCAAUAGUUUCCAGCCAUUCCGAGAUUGUUCUCGAAUGCUUGCGACCUUUUUUAGCCAGGUUAUGGCUGCUAUUGGAGGAAAUACUGCAGGUCCAGGGGAUGCUGUUGUCAAUGUUUACAUAAACCAUGAAAAGAAGUUUGCUUUUGUGGAAAUGAGAUAUGUUGAGGAGGCAAGCAAUGCAAUGGCCUUAGAUGGCAUUAUCUUUGAGGGAGCGCCUGUGAAGGUGAGGAGGUCCAUUGAUUACAACCCCUCCCUUGCAGCAACUCUUGGUCCUAGCCAACCUAAUCCUAACCUAAAUCUUGGUGCGGUUGGUUUAACCCCGGGUUCUGCUGGUGGGCUUGAAGGUCCUGACCGCAUUUUUGUGGGUGGAUUACCAUAUUACUUUACAGAAGUGCAAGUGAGGGAGCUGCUGGAAUCUUUUGGUCCUCUUAGGGGUUUUGAUCUAGUGAAAGACAGGGAGACUGGAAAUUCCAAAGGCUAUGCUUUUUGCAUUUAUCAAGAUCUCUCAGUCACGGAUAUAGCUUGUGCAGCUCUCGAUGGCAUUAAAAUGGGCGACAAGACUCUCACUGUUAGGCGUGCUAACCAGGGUGCAAACCAACCAAAACCUGAACAGGAGAGUGUUUUGUUGCAUGCACAGCAGCAGAUAGCUCUGCAGAAGCUUAUGUAUCAACUUGGUGCACUUGCUACUAAAGUGGUAUGUCUAACACAAGUAGUUACUGAGGAUGAGCUUAAAGAUGAUGGGGAGUAUGAAGAUAUAUUGGAGGAUAUGAGACAAGAAGGCGGAAAAUUUGGUAAUUUGGUGAAUGUGGCCAUACCUCGUCCCAGACCAGAUGGAGAACCUUCCGCAGGUGUUGGAAAGAAAAUGCUCUGCAUGGAUCCUAGAAGAAGCAAGAUGCUCUGCAAGAACUUCACGAUCUUAUUACCUCGAAGAGAUCCCGAGCAUGGCAAAAUACCCUUGAGAGGAUUAUGUUCAAGUACAUUGAGCUAUGUGUUGAUAUGCGGAGGGGGAGAUUUGCCAAGGAUGUUUAAGUAA